UAAAACCCUGCCUCGCUUGAUUUUUUCUUCGAGUUAACUACAUCUGUCUAUUUCUAUAUCAAUUUACACAUCAUGUCUGGAACCGCUACCAAGAACCCUUGCAAACUCGUCUACAAGUCCGAAGACGGCAGUGAAUACUUUGUGAUUGCCAACGCUGGUAUGGCCGCCCAAUGGAAGAAGGACAAGACUAUUCCCUUGAUCGAUGUUGUCCAGAGCUUCGAUGUCCUCACUGUCACCAACGGCGGCAACAGCGGUGAAGCCAGCCGUCCCCCCUCCGGUAUUUUGAGCAGCGUGUUCGGUACCGAUAAUGUGGAUGAAGUCGUCAAGAAGAUUGUCGAACAGGGUGAAGAGAAGGGCAUGUAAAAGAAACACAAUUCAUUAUCAUUACACCUUAUCUACGCGCUAUGGUUAUUCUAGUUGUUGGGAUUCAUUUGUACAAAAAAACUGUUUAUAUUUAGCUUGUAAAAAAAGCGUCAGAAAUACAUAUCAUCCGGUGACGGAUAUUUGCUUUGCAC